GUACUUAGUACUUUUUGAUGUCCUUGAUGAACAAAUAUGCAGUUAAUAAGUAAUCCAGGAUCUAAUUGGACUUUUGCUCUCAAAACUGAGCUCAUCAGCUGACUUGAAUGCAGACAACAGCCCUUCAGUCACAUACAGAGUAGCCUAGCACCAUCUACUGGCACAAAUAUGUAAGUGACAUGAACAGCAGGUUUCAUAAAACACCUUCUCUGACAGAAAACUCCUGAUGUGUUACAGUUUUCUCUCGUGUGAUCACUGGACUGAACACAGAUCCACAUCAGACGUCCUCCAGGAAACAUGAAGGAGAUUUUCCACUCAAACUGAGAGAAUGACUGAAGUCCAGCAGAUGAGUGGUUGUGUGGAGGAAGACGAGGACAGAGCAGAGUCUCCAGGACCCAGCGGUCUGUCUGUGAAGAGUGACCAGUCUAUGAGAAAACCUAUAUCCUUCAGUCAUGAACCUGGAGCCUCAGAGACAAAAGGUCAGAACCAGAGACAGAGAGCAGAGUCUCCAGGACCCAGCGGUCUGUCUGUGAAGAGUGACCGGUCUAUGGAACAACCUUUAGUCUUCAGUCAUGAACCUGGAGCCUCAGAGACAAAAGGUCAGAACCAGAGACAGAGAGCAGAGUCUCCAGGACCCAGCGGUCUGUCUGUGAAGAGUGACUGGUCUAUGGGACUACCUUUAGCCUUCAGUCAUGAACCUGGAGCCUCAGAGACAAAAGACCAGUUUGCUGUUUCUGUGGACGAGCAGACGUCCCGCUGUCCUCUGUGUCAGGACGUCCUGAAGGAUCCAGUCUCCACCAGCUGCGGUCACCGGUUCUGCAGACGCUGCAUCUCCUCAUACUGGGACCAGUCUGGUCCACCAGGAGACUCCUGCUGUCCCCAGUGUGGACAAAGACCCAGGACAGGACGUGGACCACAGAGCAUCCCAGAUGUUGGUCUGCAGAAGGUUCUAGAUGAACAUAAGAUCAGUCUGAGGAGCAGAUUUGAACAUGUGACUGAAGGAACUGAAGGAACAGGAAGUAGAACCCUCCUGAACAGGAUCUUCACUGAGCUCUACAUCACAGAGGGACAGAGUGAAGAGGUCAAUACUCAACAUGAGGUGAUGCAGCUGGAGACGACCUCCAAGAAGAAGACGGUCCAGGACACUCCCAUCAAGUGCUGCGACAUCUUUAAAGCCUUACCUGACCAGCAGGGGAGCAUCCGAGUCGUCCUGACCAACGGCGUCGCUGGUGUUGGAAAAACCUUCUCGGUGCAGAAGUUCACUGUGGACUGGGCCGAGGGUUUGGAAAACCAGGAUGUGAAUCUGCUGAUUGUGCUCUCGUUCAGGGAGCUGAACCUGAUCAGAGAUCAGCAGCACAGUCUUCUCACGCUGCUCCAUGUUUUCUAUCCAACAUUAGAGAAGGUCAGAGCAGAGGAGCUCGCUGUCUGUAAACCUUUGUUCAUCUUUGACGGCCUGGAUGAAAGCAGACUCUCACUGGACUUCAGCAGCAGGACGCUGGUUUCUGACAUCACACACAGGUCAUCAGUCAACGUGCUGCUGACCAACCUCAUCCAGGGGAAUCUGCUUCCCUCAGCUCUCGUCUGGAUAACUUCUCGACCUGCAGCGGCCAAUCAGAUCCCUCCUACAUGUGUUGCCAGGGUAACAGAAGUACGAGGCUUCACUGACGACCAGAAGGACGAGUACUUCAGGAAGAGAUCCAGAAGUGAAGAUCUGUCCAGCAGAAUCAUCUCACACAUCAAGACGUCCAGGAGCCUCCACAUCAUGUGUCAAGUCCCAGUCUUCUGCUGGAUCAGUGCUACAGUUCUGAAGCACAUGCUGACCACAGAGCAGAGAGGAGAGCUGCCCAAGACCCUGACAGACCUGUACUCACACUUCCUGCUGGUUCAGACCAAGAGGAAGAAGAACAAAUAUGAUAAAGGAUGUGAGACAAGUCCACAGGAGCUGACGGAGGCCGACAGGGACUUUCUUCUGAAGCUGGGGAGGCUGGCCUUUGAACAUCUGCAGAAAGGAGACAUCAUGUUCUACCAAGAAGACCUGGAGCGGUGUGGUCUUAGUGUGACAGAGGCCUCGGUUUACUCAGGAGUUUGUACAGAGAUCUUCAGAAGAGAGAGCGUGAUCUUCCAGAAAUCAGUCUACUGCUUUGUUCAUCUGAGCGUUCAGGAGUUUCUGGCUGCAGUCUACAUGUUCCACUGUUUCACCAACAGGAAGACAGAGGUACUGCAGGACUUCUUCAGAAAAAAAGACAGUAAGAAAAAGUCACUUAAAAAGGUCCUGCAGGGCUUCUAUAGAAAAAAAGUUGAUGAUGAUGAUGGUGGUUACAUUUCUCUGGAUGUGUUCCUGAAAGCAGCCAUGGAGAAAUCCCUUCAAAGUGAAAAUGGUCACCUGGACCUGUUUGUUCGCUUCCUUCAUGGACUCUGUCUGGAGUCCAACCACAGACUCUUAGGAGGUCUGCUGGGUCAGACUCAGAACAGUCCAGAAAUCAUCCAGAGGGUCAUUGAG